AUUCUCUCUUAAUUCUCCACAUCUCUGGUUGCCUUCCAGCUAGUACUCCGUUUAGCAGCCAUGGCCGAGGGGAAGGUGACUACAAUGGUGCUAAAUGUGGAUUUACAGUGCUCAAAAUGCUACAAGAAAGUCAAGAAACUUCUCUGCAAAUUUCCUGGGACCCAUGUUCCUGUGGCGGGCAAUUCGAAUGCGUUGUGUGUUAUUAUAAAUUGUGUAGCGGAAGCCCUUGGGGCCCAUGUUCCUGUGGCGGGCGAGUCCAAUGCAUUCCGUGUUAUGGGAGACCCGUUUGCGACAGCUGGUGCGGUUCUGGAAGCGGUUGUGGAGAAAAUCAACAAGACUGCUCAAUCAUGUAAAUACUAAUAACAAGAAUCUGUUUGGAAUCCAGCCAAGUUAGGGCCGGUUUGGUGCAGUUCUUCGGAGCUUCAGUUUUUGAAUACUAUUUAUGUCUCAUGAAUUUAAAUUUUUCUCUUAAAAACUUACACUUUUAAAUAUUUUUUUAACCUCAAAAAGCUCUUAAACAGUAAAAGUUCAAAAGUAUC